AUGGGGGUGGGGACUGGUUCCCAUUCCUGGGAAAGAGCCGCGCUCACCUCACCCCAAGCCGGGAGCUGCGGGGGCGGCCCGCUAUCGGGGCCCCAGAGCUGGUUCCUGAGGCGCCAUACACCCCAGCUCAGUCCGGAGCAGCUGGACGCUACGGGCGCGACCAUAGACACAGGCCGCAGACUAGAGAGCGGGCUCCGAACCCCCCAGUGCCGGAUCUGCUUCCAGGGCCCGGAGCAGGGGGAGCUCCUGAGUCCCUGCCGCUGCGACGGCUCUGUGCGUUGCACACACCAGCCUUGCCUCAUCCGCUGGAUCAGCGAGAGGGGAUCCUGGAGCUGUGAGCUUUGCUACUUCAAGUACCAGGUCUUGGCGAUCAGCACCAAGAACCCACUGCAGUGGCAGGCCAUCUCCCUGACGGUCAUCGAGAAGGUCCAGAUUGCUGCUAUUGUUCUGGGCUCGCUCUUCCUAGUCGCCAGCAUCUCUUGGCUCAUCUGGUCCUCACUCAGCCCUUCAGCUAAGUGGCAGCGGCAGGAUCUGCUCUUUCAGAUCUGCUAUGGCAUGUACGGCUUCAUGGAUGUCGUCUGUAUAGGGCUCAUCGUCCAUGAAGGCUCCUCUGUGUACCGCAUCUUCAAGCGUUGGCAGGCUGUGAACCAGCAGUGGAAGGUCCUGAAUUAUGACAAGACCAAGGACAUAGGAGGAGAUGCAGGGGGAGGGACGGCAGGCAAGCCAGGCCCCAGGACCUCACGGACAGGCCCCCCAUCUGGGGCCACCAGCCGCCCUCCAGCUGCCCAGCGCAUGCGGACGCUCUUGCCUCAGCGCUGUGGUUACACGAUCCUGCACCUCCUUGGACAGCUGCGGCCACCAGAUGCCCGUUCCAGCUCCCAUUCUGGCCGAGAGGUUGUCAUGAGGGUCACCACAGUCUGA